AUGAAGAAAAUCUGCGGUUGUUGCUAUUUUGAGCGCGAUACUUACGCCUGGGGGUAUAUUCCACAGGUUGGCCUUCAAGCCCACGCAGUCCUACGAGCCACCACCUCGCGCACAACUCUGACCCAGACAUUCAAAAACCCGGGACCUAGGGUGCUUCACGAGGUCUGCUAUCGGUUUCCAUUCUUCGACGGGGUUAGUGUCGUCGGAUUUCGAUGCCAGGUGGGCGAUCGAGUCUUGCGCAGCGAGGUCAAGACCAAAGAACAAGCUGGCCAAGACUAUCAAACCGCCGUCUCGCGUGGCGCCUCAGCUGGUGUGCUUGACCAGUCCAGUCAAGACUCGGACAUCUUUCUACUGCGGCUGGGCAAUGUCCCUCCUCGGGAGACCAUCACAGUGAGCAUCACUGCUGUGGGGGAGCUGAAGACCGACGCGCAAAACGAGGGCAUUCGAUACACCUUGCCAAAUGGCAUUGCACCUCGCUAUGGGUAUAGGGUGGAUCAGGUCGUGUCUACUCUGAUCACCCCAACAGACACGCAAGGCCUCGAAAUAGUUGUAGACGUUGUCAUGGAGAAUGAAAGCGCAAUUCGGAUGGUUCAGUCACCCAGCCAUCCCAUCCGUGUCAGACUGGGCCGGGCUUCAUCCACCCCCGAGGAAUGUACCGAAUUCGCAAAGAACUGUGCCUUCGCAACGCUGCAUGUCGCCAGUGGAAGCCCCAUAUUGGAGCGAGACUUUGUCCUGGUGAUCAAAGCCGAUAAGACAGAUGUUCCUCGGGCUUUGAUCGAAUGUCAUCCCACCCUCCCCAACCAGCGUGCCAUGAUGGCUACCCUUGUACCCCGGUUUCACAUCCCUGCGUCCGACCCGGAAGUGGUUUUCCUGAUUGACCGUAGUGGCAGCAUGUGGGACAAGGUCUCAACUUUAAAGUCUGCUCUCCGGGUCUUUCUGAAGUCGGUGCCCGUGGGCACCUAUCUCAACAUCUGCUCUUUCGGGACCCAGCACCAGUUUCUCUGGGCUCGCAGUCGGGCCUACGAUGGCCCCAGUCUGCAGAAAUCACUGGCUCUGGUAGACUGCCUGGAUGCAGACAUGGGAUGCACGGAGAUGACGGCUGCUGUCCAAGCAACUGUGAAGCGUCGCCUGAAGGGACGGGAGCUGGAGGUUCUGAUUCUCACCGAUGGACAAAUUCACCAACAGCAAGAGCUGUGCGACUUUAUCCGCGCCACUGCGGCUAACCACACAGCUCGCUUCUUCGCCUUGGGCAUCGGCCUCUCUGCUUCUCAUGCCCUUGUGAACGGUAUCGCCCGUGCUGGUGAUGGGAUUGCCCAGUCGGUCGUGCUUCAUGAGGAGCUGGACUGCACUGUCGUGCGUAUGCUCAAGGGGGCUCUGAGUCCGCACAUUUAUGAUUAUUCUUUGACUGUCAACGACGAUGAGCCGAAUGCUGGUCUCGAGGUGGUUAAUCAUGAAGAGCGGGAGCCGGUGCAGGAGCCAGACACCACCACCACCACCACCACCACCCCAGAACCAUCCCCUCGGAGACCUAUCCUGCUCUUCAACCCCAACUCGAGGGACUAUGACACUGAUAUCACAUCGAGCGAGCCUCCAGUUGUGCAGCCUCCGAGUAUCAUUCAAGCUCCACAGCACCUUCCAACCCUCUACCCGUUCAUUCGCACCACGGUCUACCUUCUUCUCACAUCGGCUCGAGCUCCACGCUCGCUGACUAUCCGUGCUUCCUCCAAACAUGGUCCACUGACACUUGACAUUGCCGUGGAAGACAUGGGUUGUGGCGAGACUAUUCACCAGCUUGCAGCCCGCAGGAUAAUCACCGAUUUGGAAGAGUCUGACGGAUGGGUCGCCCGUGCCAAGGACAAGCAUGAUCAGCUCUACAAUUGCGUGACUCAGUCAAGGCUAGCUAUACAGGAAUGUAAACGUCUGGGUCUCCAGUACCAGCUCUCGGGCCACCACACGUCUUUCAUGGCAGUCGAUGAAGGCGCUCUUCUAUCGGGAGAAUGCUCGUCAUCUGGUUCAACUGUCGUGGUGACUCUCCCACACCAACCGGACAUGGGUCCAGACUCAUCUAUGGGUCAUGUCUUACCUGGUUCCUCCAUGUGUUAUGCUAUGUUGAGUGGUUGGAGAGGUGGUUCACUGGGGAUUCCGAGGGGUGGUGCCAGAGGUGGUGCCAGAGGUGGUGUACGAGGUGGCACAAGAGGGGGAGGAAGAGGGGGAGGAAGAGGGGGAGGGCCAGCAGGUGCGAGAGGUGGCGAGAUACCCACCCUACGAGGCGGUGGCAGUCCUCUCGUGCCAGUGCCCCGCUCUGCGACUUUCCCAAGCGCAUCACGGCGACGGAUAUAUUGCGUGAUUGACUUGCAGAUCUUUGACGGAAGCUGGCAAUGGUCACCAGAGCUUUUCGAGGUGUUGGAGCUGGACGAAUCCAUGAUGCGUAGGCAGCUUGUGCGUUGGUGGCAGCAGGCCGGCAUUCAGCCGAGUCAAACGUUUCCACACUGCGACGACGGUUCGCUUCUUGCCACAGUUCUAGCGAUUGAACACCUGCAGGGACGAUGUCAAGAUUCGAGAAAUAUCUGGGAGUUAGUGUGCACCAAGGCAGAACGGUGGCUGGAUGAGCGAACUCGAGCCAUGGGGAAGAGAGGCUGGGGUCUAGUCGGACGUUGCCGAAAACACAUUCAUUCCCUGAUUUCUAACAAGGAGAUUGAAGGACGAAUGGAGAAGGCAUAG